GUUAAUAAGGACUCAGUCAGACAGUACACAUACCUACUGUAAAAAUAAGAUCAGUUGGUUAUUCAUGAAUUGUUUAAAAUACAUACUUAAUGGUCAAAUAGCUAAAAAAAGUACUUGUAAGAUUACUUACUAAUAAAGUCGCACUUAUUUGACACUUACUUGACAAAAACAUUCUGUAAAAAAUCUAGUUCAUAAUUGUCCUCUACCUCACAAUUUAUACUUCUCUCGUUGUUGCCCUAAUUUUGAAAUUUCCAUAAGGGAGUCUUUCUCGGUAACAUUGAAUAAAAUAAAUUUUGUCGCACACACGUGAGACCUACUUACCUACUCUAAAAAGCAUAUUUUUUUGGUUAUAUGACAGAUGCCAUUCUGUCUUUUAUUCAUAGUACGUAGUUAGAUUUCCUGAAUCAUUUUCUUUAUUUUUUAGUUUAUAUUUGUAAGGUUUUACAAUUACAACAUAAAAAUGGAGGAAAAGCAAUUGUUUGGAGCACUCACAGUAUAUCGUGAGCGUGGAGCCUAUCUCCGUCGCCUAGAACAAUUUGAAAAAGCAAAUGCAUCAUACGAUGAAGCUUUCAAAAGCAACCCUGAGGAUGUGCGCACGCUGACGGGCCGCAGUCAGGUAUGCGCCGACGCGGUGCGGCCCGUGCAGGCCUACGCCGACGCCGAGGUCGCGCUCAAGCUCGAGCCCGGCAACAUGAACGCGCGCAACAUGCAGGCGCGCGCCAUGUACACCAUGUCGGACUUUGAACGAUCUGUCGUUAUAAAUUUCCGCGGACUACGACUACGACGACAACCGCCCUACUUUAUGGAGGGCAUUAACCAAGGACUAGAAACUAUUCAAGACUGUAUUGGUGCUAACGCCGGCAACGUAAUGUUAGAUUUCUUGCCAUUGAUAAAACAGCUGGAAGCUGUACGCACAGAUGAGAAUGAACCCUCAAAGCCUUUACAUGUGUCCCGUAUACCCAAACCAGAACGCAAACGCAAGCUUACCCAAAUGGAAGCUAGAAAACAUAGCACACUUGCUCGCGUUCUCGCUAUGAAGUACCUUGGGCCUAUGGCAUAUGAUAAGUUUUUUCUUCAAGAGCUUAUGCAAGACCCUCGUAUUAAAUCAGCGAACUCAAGUGGAAGCCAGCAAUUAAAUGAAAUAGUACAAGAAGCUUUACGGUCUCUUAGCGAAAGGCAGGAAAUGUUGCGCGCGCAGAGACCAUACUACACUAUUAAGCUGGCUGAAAGAGCAGAUUCUAAGCACCAGAAUAAGUAUAAGGAGGCUGUGUUGAUUCAGGAACGUGAAAUUGGUGCGAAGACUGCUGAGCGUCUGUUGAAACAGAUUGAAAAGAGCAUGCGUGAACACCGUGUCAUGGAUCUCAUUGCACAAGCUGAGCGUAUGCAAAUGUUCCUGGAUGUCAAGACUCCAAGGACUUUGCCUGACAAAGAAAUUUACACUGAUCGCUUAUACAGAGCGGUUGGGGAAGGCUACCUUUCCCAGCAUCGCCUGUCUUAUACUCUCAGCGAACGUGGCAAUCGACGUCGUAUUGCGUUCCUCAUGGGCUUGCCUGUCGGACGCCCUACUUCAUUCGAUUCAGUUAUGGCGAAUUAUCCGUACAAGUUUAUUGAUGCUAAAGACGCUACUGAAAAAGUAAUGAUUACUCUGGAUAUGUGCGAAAACGCGACCAUGAAGUGUUGGCUAAUGUACGAACUAGCAAGAUUACUUUCAACUCAGAAGAAUUUCGCUCUUGCUAAGUUCUACGCUAAACGUUGCCAGAGGGAAGCACAAGAACUGGGUAACAUAACGUGGUGGUUGAAUGGAUCCUUUGUAUUGAUGAGUGGUGAUAUGCAACAAGGUAACGCAAACGAGGUACGCGUACAAGUUGAAGAAGCGUAUGAGUGGUCUAAAAAAUUACAAGAUCCUGAAAGGGUUCAAGCAUUCCUGUCAAAGUGUGCGGAGAUGGCCACUGAGACGGUUGGUGGAGACGACCGUAAGGCCAUAAUAACGCGCGAAAAGCAGGUCCUGUCUGUUAUGGAUCAAGAACAACGUGUGGAGACCCAGGUGCUAUUCAAGCGUAUGUCGACGGUGCCGGUCGGGCGCCGCUUUUCUGUGCUUCCGCGUAAGACUGAGGGUCCCGGCGACGUGCGCUCAGAGCGGAAAAAGCGCCGCCAGCGCGGGCUGUCCGUCAUCCCCGGGCCGGAGCAAGUGCUGCCUAAGCCACUGCGCUCUGAUGUGGCUGGAUUUCAAAUGUUUGACAUUUGAUUGGUACGAGUUGUUUUAUCGGACAUUAUACAUUUCCUAUUCCAACUUAAUAUUUAAAUUGUUUUUAUAAUAAAAAGUUUUUAACAAGAGAGUAUACAAAAUGAA